CUGUCGAACUUGCUGAUGUUCCGAGACUGCCGAAAUGGCGCACCAGCAAUAUUUUCAGGCACGCUUUCUAGGAGAAGCAUCUGAUGUAUUUACAUGCACAAUCAAUGGAAGGGAGCGAGCAUUUGUAAACAUGCCCGAGGGUGGGCCGCAGGAGCUCGUCGGGGCCAACGAGCCUCGCAGUCGGCACGUCACGCUUGGCCCAUUCCUGUCACUGAAGAGCAGUAGCGCUCCGGACGUUAACUACAGGUUUGACUGCUCACCCAUAUACGCGACAAGCGCCGGGCGCGACUCGGUCUUCGCAAUUGACGGGCGUGUCGUGGUCCAGUUGACGCCGGCUAGCAACGCCGACGACAGCAAGCUGAUGGUGUCGCGGAUAGCGGGCGGUGAGGAUGAGGCGGGAGGCGAGGUCCGCGACCGCGACGUUCCGGAGGGCGCCGAUGAGCAGCGGCGGGAUGGCUCGGGUGCUGAAGCGCGGUUCACGUUUGGCCUGCGCUGCCCUGCGCCCGCUGGCAACGGCGUCCUGUACGUCGUGGAUGGCGACCGUAUCCGCAAACUCCAGCUGGCGCCGCAGCAAGUGCAGCAGCCAGGCGCGGGGGCUGAGGGCGAGGGUGCUGCUGCGGCGGGGGUGGGCGGCGCCGCAGUAGUCGUGACGACGCCGCAGCUGGCCGGCUGGCAGCCGCGAGCCAUCUGGGGCCUGGCCCACAUCCCUCCCGAGCAACUGUCAGGCGCCGGGAAUGCGAGCGCCGCUGCCGGCGCCAACGCCGGUGGUGGCGGCUGCCUGGUCUUCAGCACAGGCACCGCGCUCUACAGCCUGCCGCUGCCGCCGCCGCCGCAAGGCGGCGGCGGCAGCGGCGCCGCGGCCACCGCCGCUCCCGCGGCCGCUGCCACCGGGCCGCAGCCUCUCACUCCGCAGCUGCUUGCAGGCCACCCAGAUGAGCCUGGCGCCAGGGACGCCGAGGCGGGGUGCGACGCGCGCUUCACCGCUAUCCGCAUCGGCCUCGCGCUGGACGGCGAUGGCACAGUCAUCCUUCUGGACCAGCACGCCCAGCACGCCCAGCACACCGCCAUCCGCCGCGUGAGCCUGCGCGACGGCGGCGCCGUCAGCACGCUGGGCGUAAUGACGGAGGCCCUCACGCGGCCCGCGGUGCUGGCCGGCAGCGGCUGCCUGGCUGCGAUAAUAACCGCACCGCAGCCGGGCGUGUCGGUGAUUGCCCUGGGGCUGCCGCCGCCGCGCGGCGUGCUGGCGGCGGAGGCGGCGCUCGGGGCUGGCGGCGCGGCUGCGGGCGGUGGAGGGAGUGAAGGGAGUGGCGGGACGCCAGGUAAGUCACGCUCGCGACUGGCGGCGGAGGAGGAGGAGGUGGAGGGUGGCGUGGCGGGCAGCAGCGGUGGCGGCCACAAGCGGCGGCGGAAAUGAGGUACGGAAAGUGGCAGGACACGCAAAUGGUACGGCGGGAUGGCAUCACGCAAUUUGCAGGAAGUGCGAUGACAACUACGGGGGUGAGCUGACAUGGGCGCGGGCACACUGGGAGCUGGCGUGCGGGUGACGGUUGGCAAUUGCGAGGCGCACGGCGCACCGGACCUGCAGUUAGCAACAGGAGAGGCGCUGCUGUACGGAUGGGGCAGGUUGCAUUCUUUGAGUUGCGGUGGACUUCCUUGUCUGCGUUUGGUGCAAUCGGCCUAAAGGACUGGUUGUUUGGGAUUCAUGGCACGGAGCAUAAUGCAUGCUGCGGCCUUACUUUCAAACAUUGGUGCAGGUCCACCGGGUCAACCGAUUGCGUUGUGGCUUUAGAGUGGUCCCAUCCGAACGGCCCAGCCAGCACCCAGCCUGUGGGUUCGGAGGGGUAGGCAUGGCGAGGACUACACGAGUUUAUGCCAGCUUAUUAUUCCUGUCUUGACAAAUUGAGUUGCAUUGAAAUUGUGCGACUUAUUGACGCCAUGUCAAUGCUGCAUGCGUGUGCUUAAUUUUUUGUGCGUGCAUGUGUCGGGUGACCCCUGCUCACCCCGGGAGCUUCUGGCUACCGAAGGCUGCCCGCUCAGCAGGCUAGAGUUGAAUGGUUGACGAGGAUUUUAAUGCCGACGUGGAUGAUUUACGUCAUUGGCGAAGUAGCUAAUAGAAGUGCCCCACGAGAGAGUGCUGACCACGUGGAAGUGACAGUAGCAAAUGCAAUGGGGUUGCAUGGAGUCUUACAAAGGCGCUGACCAUACUUAAUCGUUGACAGAGUUGUUUCCAAGUGUCCGGUGCCCAGUACAGGCAGCCUGGCCUUCCGUGUACGUGAAGGGUCCACCACUGUAAUACACAGGAGUG